AUGUCACAAGAACUUGUAGCCUUGGAAGCAGCCUAUCAAUACAUCUAUUUAUUCGGAGGAGGUAUUUUAGCCUUCAUUGUAUUGAGAAUUAUAUUGAAUUGUAUAAUAACAGUCUCAACGAAUGAAGUUGUUCUAGUUGAAUAUUUGGGAAAGUAUUCGAGAACAUUAACGAGUGGUUUUCAUAUUCUUCUUCCGUUUGUAGAAUCAGUGAAGGAAGUAACUUGGAUAAGAACCAUUGAAGAUACUCUAACAAGAAGAACUAAAUUGAGUACAGUUAGAACAGGUAGAAUUUCAACAUCAGAAGUAAUGUUUGAUUUUCCUGCAUUGGAUGUCAGUACAAAGGAUAGAAUUAUUGCCAAAGUCAAUGGUAUUAUGUUUUUCAAAAUUGUUAAUCCAUAUAAGGCAGUUUAUGAAAUUUCUGAUUUGUAUCAAUCGAUGGAACAAUUAGUUUAUACUUCAAUGAGAGAUGCCAUUUCAAAGAUUACACUCGAUGAAGCUAUUGAAGGUAAAUCUACAAUCAAAGCUUCUAUUCAUGAAGAUUUUAAAGGAUUGGAAAAUUCUUGGGGAGUUAAAUUGACCAAAUUUGAUAUUCAAUCAAUUGAAGCUCCAGAAUCUAUUCAAAAGAGUAUUGAGAAAUUAGUUUCAGCCCAAAGAGAAGCCCAAGCCGAAUUGGAAAAAACACGUGCCUUACAAGAAGCUAAAAAGCUCAAAAUUCAAACAGAACAAGAAAUUCAAUUACUGGAAUGUGACGCCAAGAAUAAGCGAAACAUUAUGGAAGCCAACACUGAAGCACAAGUUUUGAAAGCAAAGGCAGAAUCAGAAGCUAUGAAUAUUGAAAAGAUGGCAAAAGCUGAAGCUAUCUAUUUGGAAAAAAUUCUUUCAGUUAAAGGUAUUUCACAAGAAUAUUUACUUCAAAAGGAAUACACCAAGUCAAUUGAGCAUUUAGCAAAGUCAGGAAAUAGAACAUUUAUAAUUCCAUUCGAAAGUGCAAAAUAUUUUGGCAUGAACAAUGUUUCCUCUCUUCAAGAAGUUCAACAAUAA